AUGUCAUUUACCAAUCUGUCGACCCACGACACACAUCCAUUAGCCCUCGAUGAAGAACUUAUCAUAGGUCGACACAAGUUUGGUUUAGAAUCUGUCUAUAUCAGUGCGCAUGCAGUCAAAUUAUUCUAUACAAAAGAAGGACGAUGCUAUGCCACAAAAGAGCCUAUUGACCCUCUCUAUCCAUUGUCUACUGAUAUAUACCAGUUGACGAAAAAGGUUGUACGUUUAAACAAGGCUGCUAUGCCGAAAGACCGAGAAAUGCAAUUGAAAGACGGUGAUGUACUGGUAUUUUCUAUAGAUGGGAUCAAGACAGGUCGAACGAUGGAACUCAAGUUCAGCUUGCCGGAUUUAGGCGACGAUCUCAACAGACAUGUUGCUGUCAUUCAUGGAAAAGAAGACAAUGAGCAAGAGCCAAUGCCGCCAGGACCUCAAGAGGAUUAUGAAACAGACCAAAGUCAUGAGGAUUAUAUAUCAGAUCAUAGUGCUGAAUUCGACGAAGCAAUUCGCUUAAGUGACCUCUCAGAUGAAUCGGACUAUUUAGGUGACGAGAGCUAUCUUUUAUCCUUACAAAAGUAG